CAUAGCAGGCGUAAAUUCGAUUUAGCUGUCAAAAUUUUGGAAAUUACAAGUCACUGCAAAAUAAAUCUUGGCGGAGCAAGAGCCAUAUUCAGAGAGCCCUAGGAUAACCAGCAGGAGGGAUACCUAAAAAAGAACCAACGAUGUCGGAUCGCAAGGCGGUUAUCAAGAAUGCGGACAUGAGCGAGGAGAUGCAGCAGGAUGCUGUCGACUGUGCCACCCAGGCACUGGAGAAGUACAACAUCGAGAAGGACAUUGCCGCCUUCAUCAAGAAGGAGUUCGACAAGAAGUACAAUCCCACCUGGCACUGCAUCGUGGGCCGCAACUUCGGAUCGUAUGUGACCCAUGAGACGCGUCACUUCAUCUACUUCUACCUCGGCCAAGUGGCCAUUUUGCUCUUCAAGAGCGGCUAAAUAUCAACAUAAACCGCACACCAAAUGGCCACCAUCGUGGUUUUCCGGAGGAAUAUGCAGAAGAUUGCUGCACCUUUAAUCAUCAUUCUCUGGCAGCUUACAGUGGGCCCGAUACUUCAAUUCCUGUUCAUGCGCAUAUAUUUCUCUUUUUGAACUGUGACCCCAACACACGGUUGCUGAACUUUCCGUAUAAUAUUUUUCGCCAAAUUCUAAAUUAUUUCCCCGUGGUGCCUUCCCUAUUAUAACAUUUAUUAAAUUGAAUGCUUUCCCUU